AUGGCUGAGGCGGCGGCGGCCCCGACUUCUGAAUGGGACUCUGAGUGCCUGGCUUCUCUGCAGCCUCUUCCUCUCCCCACUCCUCCAGCCACGAAUGAGGCCCACCUGCAAACAGCAGCCAUCUCUCUGUGGACCGUGGUGGCAGCUGUACAGGCCAUAGAAAGGAAGGUGGAAGUCCACAGCCGUCGACUCCUGCAUCUGGAAGGACGCACAGGGACAGCAGAAAAGAAGUUGGCCAGUUGUGAGAAGACAGUGACUGAGCUUGGCAACCAGCUGGAGGGCAAGUGGGCCGUCCUGGGGACGCUGCUGCAGGAGUACGGGCUGCUGCAGCGGCGGCUGGAGAACAUGGAGAACCUGCUCCGCAACAGGAACUUCUGGAUCCUGCGGCUGCCCCCGGGCAUCAAAGGAGAUGUCCCAAAGGUCCCUGUCACAUUUGAUGAUGUCUCCAUCUACUUUUCCACUCCAGAGUGGGAAAAGUUAGAAGAGUGGCAGAAAGAACUGUACAAGAACAUCAUGAAGGGCAACUGCGAGUCUCUCAUCUCUAUGGAUUAUGCCAUGAGCCAACCUGAUGUCUUAUCUCAGAUUCAGCCAGAAGGAGAACAUAACACUGGAGGCCAGGCUGGGCGACAGGAGAAUGAGGUGCCCACAGACCCCAGUGAUGAGCCUGGUAUUUCAACAUCAGAUAUUCUGUCUUGGAUAAAACAAGAGGAGGAGCCUCAGUCUGGGGCCACGCAGGAGUCCAAGGAGAGUGACCUCUACCCAAGUGCCUAUGUCGAUGAGGAGCUUGUGGUCAAAGCAGAAGACCUUGCUGGUCCACCCCUGUGCCCAGAGGUUCCUGUCACCUUCUCCUCUCCUUCAGCAGCCACAGCCAAGGACACUUUCCCAGAUGUGACUUUCAAAACCCAGCAGUCUGCACCCAUGGCACACUUUGCACGUCCAGCUGCUGACCUAGCUGAAGCCUCUGAGGGGCCAGUUACUUUCACCCAGUUGGGGACCUACCCCCUUCCACCACCUACUGCAGAGCAGACCUUUUCGGGUCGCCAGUGUGGCAAGAACCUUGGUCGGGAUGCGCUACUGACUGCUGAAUGUAGCCACUCAGCAGAGUGCCCCCCGCCCAGCACCUCUUGCCCGAAGCACUUUCCUCAGCAGCCUGGCCUUGGUGGUGUCUCCCAGGACCCUGCCUGUGACCUUCCCCCCACCUGCCCGCACUGCUCCCGGACCUUCACUCACCCGUCCAGGCUCACCUACCACCUCCGAGUACAUAGCAGUGCUGAGCGCCCCUUCCCCUGCCCCGACUGCCCCAAGCGCUUUGCUGACCAGGCCCGCCUCACCAGUCACCGCCGGGCCCAUGCCAGCGAGAGGCCCUUCCGCUGUGCACAGUGCGGCCGCAGCUUCAGCCUCAAGGUCAGCCUUCUGCUCCACCAGCGGGGCCAUGCACAGGCUCGUCCCUUCUCCUGUCCCCAGUGUGGCAUCGACUUCAACGGCCACUCAGCUCUCAUCCGUCACCAGAUGAUCCACACGGGUGAGCGCCCGUACCCGUGCACCGACUGCAGCAAGAGCUUCAUGCGCAAGGAGCACCUGCUCAACCACCAGCGGCUGCACACUGGCGAGCGGCCCUUCCAGUGCGCGCACUGCGGCAAGAGCUUCAUCCGCAAGCACCACCUCAUGAAGCACCAGCGCAUCCACACGGGCGAGCGGCCAUACCCCUGUGUACACUGUGGCCGCAGUUUCCGCUACAAACAGACCCUUAAGGACCACCUACGGUCGGGCCACAGCGGCGGCUGUGUAGGUGAUGGUGACCCAGCCGCACAGCCGCCUGACCCUCCUGGACCCCUCAUACCUGAGCUCGAGCCCCCCAGCCUCAGUGUUAAUACUGCAGGUCUAGAGGGCAAUCAUUGGUAUGGGGAAGGGGGAGGAGGGAACGAGGGCACCGAGGGAGGCUCGGAUGCUAAGUUAAGUGGUAACUGGAAUGGAAGGCCGCCUCUGCCUCAGAGACUUCGGGCCCAGUUGCUGUCCCGAGCCUGGGAAGCACAGGAAUGGGCAGGAGGAAACAGGAAGGAGUUCCGUGAGGACAGAUUUGCUCUCCCUCCACCCGCGGCGGCCCGACCCCGGCGCCGCCCGACCCCGCGCAGCCCGACCCGGCGGCGGGACCUCGUGGCCGGCGGCGGCGGUGGGCGGGCGCCGAGGGCAGUUCGCUCCUUCGGGCUGUAG